AUGUCAUCAUCCAACUAUAAUAUUAAUAACGGCGGUGACUAUUAUCCUUUGUCUUCUUCGAAUCUUAAUUCAACUUCUGCUAUUACUAAUGCUACUGUAAUGGAAUAUUCCACAAUGCCAAGCAGCUCUCCGGGCUCAAUGAGCUCAUCGCCAGCCUAUCCGGCGGCCUAUCAGGCUCCAUCACCGUGCUACGUGGCGGAUCCCAAUCAGCUUUACUAUCAACAACAGCUGGCUCAUAAUGGGAAUGAUAUGUUAGUUCAAGCCCAUGCUCAAGCCUACCAAGCUCAAUGCUUCGCCUGGUUCCAGCAGCAGUACUCACAACUCUCCCCAUCCUCGUUUCCUCAUCCUAUGGUGGCUCAUCACGCUGGCUUCAUCCCACCACCGCCGUCUUUUCUACAUCAUCAGCAUCAGCAGCAUCCAAGAGCUCCUUCAGAAAAGCGGAGAGGCGCUCGAACUCCGUUCUCCGAUUCUCAGCUUUACGCGUUGAGAACCAGAUUUGAGCAGUGCGACACAAUAAAGGUUGACGAGCGACGGAAGUUGGGAGCAGUCAUCGGACUUUCGCCCGAGCAGAUCAAGAUUUGGUUUCAGAAUCGGAGAUUCAAGUUGAGAAAGGAGAAAUACAAGCAGAUCAAGCAGGACGCUGUGCAGCAACAGAAAUCGGCGAAGGAGGAGGCGGAGGAGGACCAGAAGCAUGUUAUUUCUUGAUUUGUGUAGCUUUUUGUCACUUGUAUUAUUGUGUGCCCCCAAUAAACGAUGUUCGAUUGAAUUGAAGAAAAAAAA